AUGUUUCUUGCUUUCUUACAUCCAUACAUUGAUGACAUUAUCGAUGUUGGUGAUGAUGGAAAUUGUGGUUUCCGUUUUAUUACAGCUUUACCUGGGUGGGGAGAGGAGUCAUGGUCUUUGAUACGAACGAAGUUAGAUACUCAAGUACAUCAACACUCUGAUUUGUUUUCCAAGUUGUUCUAUGACAAUGUUUCUAUAGUUAAGAAUGUGUUACGCGUAGAACACUUGGGUGUGCAGGAUAGGGAAAAAUGGACGACGAUUCCUGAUAUGGGUUACCCUAUUGGUUAUAAAUACAUUGUCGUAUUUGUUUCCCUUCCCAUGACAUUUAACAUCACUUUUCCCCUUAUCUUAGCUCCACCUAUGUAUACGAGUAUGCACACAAUAAUUGUUAUUGGUUUUAUCAACGGGAAUCAUUGGGUUCAGGUAAAGUUGAAACCUGAUUUUCCAUUGUCUCCCGUAACUGACCAGUGGAGACAUAAUUGUACUGAUGAUGCAAAAGCAUAG